AUGGCCGUUCCACCAAGCUGCACCGUUCUUGUCAUUGGAGGAGGCACCGCAGGUUCAUAUGCUGCUGCAGCUCUAGCUCGCGAGGGUAUCGAGACCGUGGUACUGGAGGCAGAUAAAUUCCCCAGAUACCAUAUCGGAGAAAGCACGCUUCCUUCUCUCCGCCACUUCUUCAAGUUCAUAGACUUUUAUGACACUGUUGAUGCAUAUGGGUUCUACCACAAGAACGGUGCUGUUUUUCGACUCGCUCAAGCUCAACCCGAUGCCUGCAAGUCUCCUUCUCCUGCUUACACCGACUUUCUCGAGGCAGGCGGCCCUGAUGGAUACGCCUGGAACUUGAUUCGCUCCGAGUUCGAUGACUUGCUCUUCAAGCACGCUGGCACCUGUGGCGCUCAAAUCUUUUCCGAAACCAGGGUUGACACGAUUCAAUUCGAGCCAGUGGCCAAUGGAUUGAAACCAGACAAUAGGAACCUUGAAGACCACUUGAAUCCUGGCCGGCCCGUGUCUGCCACGUGGGUGCGCGAAGAUGGCACUUCCGGAUCAAUCACCUACAAGUACCUCGUGGAUGCUAGCGGAAGGCAAGGUAUCCUGAGCACCAAGUAUUUAAAGAACCGCAAGUUCAACAAUAAUUUCAAGAAUGCCGCCAUAUGGGCGUACUGGAAGAGUGACAAUGUGUACGGUCCGGGGACACACAUGGAAGGUUCGCCCUAUUUCGAGGCAUUAGACGGUGAGUUUCUCACGACUGGAUUUGCCUACAUUCUCAGGCAUUCGCUCUCAAGUGCUGGCACUAAUCAACAAACAGAUGCCAGCGGAUGGGCCUGGUUCAUGCCGCUACACGAUGGCACUCGCUCCGUCGGCAUUGUCCAAGACCAGAAAAUGGUGACUGAAAAGAAGCACGAGCUAGGCCGUCCUUCAACCCUGGACUUUUACAAGCAAUGCCUAGACAUGGCUCCCAGGAUAAGAGAACUUCUCUCAGAGGCCGAGCUUAUUCCUCAUGUCAGAGCCGCCUGUGACUGGUCCUACACCGCGUCUACAUAUCACUUGCCGAAUGCGCGUAUCUGCGGAGACGCCGGGAGCUUUAUUGACCCCUUGUUCUCCUCGGGCGUCCACCUCGCCAUAACAGGGGGUCUCUCGGCGGCAGCUACCAUUUCGGCCUCGAUCCGCGGCGACUGUAGCGAGGCGGCGGCGGGCUCGUGGCACUCCAAGAAGACGGUCGAGAGCUACACUCGCUUCUUCUUGGCGGUGAGCAGUGCUACCAAGCAAAUUCGCACACAAUACGAGCCUAUAAUCAAGGACAUGGACGAGAAAGGGUUCCAAAGGGCAUUUGAUCUGUUCAGGCCUAUUAUUCAAGGUACUGCUGAUGCCGACGAGGCCGGCAAAGUGUCGCAACUGGAAAUCUCCAAGAUUCUCCAGUUUUGCUUCAAGGCUUUUACUUAUGUUCCGCCGGAGAGGAAAGACGCCCUGUUUGAUAAACUUAGGAAACUUGACUCCAAAGCUUUACAGGACGAUGCGAAACAAGUUCAGACUCUUAACGGUAUAGAGAAGUAUCUUACGGCAGAUGAGUUGCAGAUACUAGAGAUAUUACGAAGUAGGCGUAUGAUUCGUGAAGACCCCUUCGAGAUGGAUAGCUUCUCGCUCGACACUAUCGACGGAAUGGCGCCGAAACUAGUGCGCGGUAGUCUGGGGCUUGUCAAUUAUGAACAGGUCAAGAUUGACAAAGCUCACUUUUAUUCGCAGGACUUUUUGGAUGGCAAUUGCCCGGGAAUUAGAGAGGGCAGUGUCCAUCUGCCUACUUCCAGAGUCCAACUAGGAUGA